CUAAAACCACCCGAGGCGGUAAUCCCUCGACUCCCCGCCCCACUCCAGCCGAACCACGCGGCGUGACGAAAGGAGCAACUUUCGACCUCGGUGCUCCUCGGGGCAACCUACACUACCCACCUCGGGCGGCGGAGCAGCGGCGGCGGCGGCGGCCGAGAGCAGAGUCAGAAAGACAGACAGACAUACAGACGCCUUCCACUCUGGCUCCGUCACCAAGGCCAAAGGAUGAGGUCAGCCUCGGCCAAGAACCGCUAGGGCGUCAAAGACAGACAGACAGACAGUGGGGCAGCUUCAUCAAAGACCAAGCAGACCGAGGCAAAGAAGGAGGGGGAGGCACUUUGCCAAUGGCACCGCUCGGGCAAUGUCAGUGGCGUCAUGCUGGGACCGUCGAGGAAGGUAGGUGACAGACACCGGAGAGACCCUCGAAGUCCUCGUCCUCGUCGUCAUCGUCAUCGAGUGCGAAGGGAUGUAACCCCUUUAGCGCUGUCGAUGAUUGGAAUAUGCUCGCGCCACGGCUUCGAGCACCGAUUGCGUAGGCUCCCGCAUCCUCGACACGCACGCACGCACGCACGCACGCACGCACGCACGCACCCCUUGACUCGAUGUUCGCACGCUGAUCCCGAUAGAGGUGCCCGGAGAAGACCUUGGGAGCGAGUGAGUAGUAUUGGCCCGCUUGCCUUUUCCCACUCGCCACUCCCUUCCCAGUGUAUGACAAUACGACUCGCUGUGAGACAAGUUCUCACGCUCAACCGCACGGCCUCCGGGACUUUUGCCAAUCACAGAUCUAGCCCACGGCAUACGCGCCGGGGACUUUCUCUUCCCUAGACGUAUGGCUUGCACGUCUAGACUUUUUUUGAGUGUUCCUUGAUUGGCAUUGAGAUCG